AUGAGCAUUGACAUAACACCACAAGAUUUAGACUUUGACCGGAAUCAUAUCUGGCAUCCUUACAGCUCACUUACCAACCCAUUGAAGGUGUACCCAGUCACAAGCGCUGACGGCUCUUGCCUUAAGUUACAAGAUGGCCGUAAAAUAGUCGAUGGCAUGGCCAGCUGGUGGUGCGUGCAACAUGGGUAUAACAACCCGAGGCUCAACGGAGCCGUCACAAAGCAACUCGGAUUGGUAUCCCAUGUCAUGUUUGGCGGCAUUGUUCACAAACCCGCCGUCGAUCUGUGCAAAUCCCUGGUGAACAUGCUCCCUGAUUCGCUGGAAUGUGUUGUCUUGGCCGACUCCGGCUCCAUUGCCAUUGAUGUCGGAAUGAAAAUGGCGCUUCAGUACUACAAUGCUAUGAAAAAACCCUCCAAAAAUAAAUUUCUGACGAUUGAAAAGGGAUUCCAUGGUGACGCAUUUGGUGCACUGUCUAUUUGUGAUCCUAACAACUCAAUGCAUGCCCUAUAUGGUGGAUUUGUACCUCAGAACCUUUUCAGUAAAGCUCCGGAAGUUUACUUCCACAAUCAGGACCCCAACGUCAAGAAACUUGUUGAAGAGCUUGACGUAGCCCCGUUUGCGAAGCUUAUCCAAGAAAACCAUGAGUCUUUAGCAGGAGUUGUGAUGGAAUCAAUGGUCCAGGGUGCGGGCGGAUUACGCAUUUAUCAUCCACACUUUUUGAAGCGUGUCAGAGAACUGUGUGACGAGUACGACGUGCUACUUAUAUUAGACGAAAUCGCUACUGGCUUGGGAAGAACAGGUAAACUGUUUGCUUUUGAACACGCAAAGAUAGUGCCUGAUAUCAUUUGUCUGGGCAAGGCCCUUACUGGCGGUUAUAUGACUCUUUCCGCGACAGUUAGCACCAGGGAAGUGAGCGAAGGAAUAUGUAAAGGUCCCGCUGGAAGACUUAUGCAUGGCCAAACAUUCAUGGGUAAUCCACUAGCUUGUGCAGUGGCAAACGAAAAUUUAGCUAUUUUAGCAGAGGGAAUGUGGAAAGAGCAAGUCAGCAGAAUCGAAAAACAGCUAUUUGAAGAGCUGGCUCCUCUUGCAGAGCAUCGCAAUGUUGCAGAGGUGAGAAUCCUGGGUGCUAUAGGAAUUGUGGAAGUUAAUAAGUACCCCGUCAGAGUCGAAGAGCUUCAAAAACGGUUCAUUGAAGCGGGCGCUUGGAUCAGGCCAUUCAACAAGUGGAUCUAUAUCUACCCCAUUUUCACCACUUCCCCUGAUGAAAUAAGAGUGCUGAUCAACGCGAUCGCGUCAGUCUUGGACGAUCUCUAG